UGUGAUUUGGACACCAGUUUGGGCUAUAAAUACGAGCAGUGCUUUCAUUUUGAGCACAAUUUCAUUGAAACUAAUCUGUCGUUCGUUUAAUUGAAACUCAAUUCAAACUCAUUUAAAACAUGUCUGGAAGAGGAAAAGGAGGUAAAGUGAAGUCAAAAGCAAAGUCCAGGUCUUCCAGAGCUGGUCUGCAGUUCCCCGUCGGACGUAUCCAUCGUCUCCUUCGCAAAGGCAACUUUGCUGAGCGCGUGGGUGCGGGCGCUCCCGUGUAUUUGGCCGCAGUGUUGGAGUACUUGGCGGCUGAGGUGCUCGAGUUGGCCGGCAAUGCCGCCCGCGAUAACAAGAAGACCCGAAUCAUUCCCCGACACUUACAACUGGCCAUUCGUAACGACGAGGAGUUGAACAAACUGUUGUCGGGUGUGACCAUCGCUCAGGGAGGCGUUCUGCCCAACAUUCAGGCCGUCCUUCUGCCCAAGAAGACCGAGAAGAAGGCAUAAACUCAUCGCCAGUGAUGACCACAAACGGCCCUUUUUAGGGCCAAUACUUGACUGAUUUAAUGGACGGAUAUUUCAUAUGCUUUUUUCACUACUCUUUCGGUCUUUAUUAGAGUUUAGACUAUCAUUCAAUUGAUCCCAUAUUUAAGAUUUUUAUUGUAUUUUUAAAUUUAAUUGUCUUUCAAUAAAGUUUCGGUUUUUUGUGAA